AUGGAUAAUCAAGAUUUCUAUAACAUGUUUGCGGGAAGUGGUGCGGCUAUUCAAAGUCUAGCUAGUAUCGUACAGAAUGUCAACAUGGAAAAUGAAUUGGGAACAAUGCAAAAGCCACCCAAACUGAUGAGCUUAGAUGAAUAUGCUGGAUGGUCCGGAAGGUUUAAAAACUGGGUUCAGGCCAACCAUUUCGAGUGUUGGAUGAAGAUCGAAAAGAAAUACGUACCUCCAGUUGAUGGGCUCAGGAUGGUUAAACAUAUUGGAAGUCUUACAGAUACUGAACAGACAGAUUUUAAAGCUGAAAAGAAAAUGGUGAGCAUUUUGCAGCAAGCCAUUAAAGAAGACAUCCUCGUAUUGCUACAACAUGACGAAAGUUCUCAGUCAAUCUGGCAAGCACUACAACUGAAGUUUAAAGGAAGUGUUUCUAUGAUCAAGAGCAAAAAGGCGCUUAUCAAGAAAGAAUUCAAUAUUUUUACUGGGAUCAAAGGAGAGUUAACAAAACAGUUAAUCGAAAGAUAUUGCCACCUUAUCGAAGCCCACGAGCUUGAGUUGUUGAAGAUAAAGAAGAUGAAUUCUGCUAGCAUGCAACAAGACGUAUCUUUAUACUACAAAGGCCGUCCUUCAGUUGGGAAUCUUCAAAGUCCAAAGAUACAAACAGGAUUCAGUGCUGAUAACACUUCAAAUGCUACAUCAAGUUCUCAUCAAUCAAGCAGUUCUACACCUUUCGCGAAUUUUGAGCCGAAUUGUAAUAUCGCAGUGAACAUCAAAAAUGGAAACGAGAUAACGGAAACUGCUGCGAAGCAACAUAUUGCACUACUCGCUUCCGUUCUCGAGGCAUUUGAAGGUCUAGUUGCGGGGAGAAUUGGAAAUCCGGACAUGACAAAGGAGGACUAUGACCAAAUAGACCCCGAGGAGCUUGAACUGAUUGACAUUAAAUGGGGUAUGGCAAGCCUAGUUCGUCGUGCUCAAAGGUUCAUGGAAAUCACGGGAAGAAACAGUUUAUCAGGUCCGGAUCAGAAGUUGGGAUUUGAUAAGUCGAAAGUAACGUGUUUCAAGUGUAAAGAACGCGGUCACUUUAAACGUGAGUGUCCAAACCGUGAAGUCAACAAUCACCAAAACCCGUUCACCAAUGAUUACUAUCGACAGGCAAUCUACCGUCGACCGAACCAACAGCAAACUGUUCAAAGGCCACAGAUAGAAAACAAACCUGAAAAGGCAUUGAUUGUGAACCAAGAUGAUGAACAGGUAGCUGCAGGUUUUAGCAGGGAUAAAUAUAUCCCUGGUAGAGAUGAUCAGGCCAUGAUGGCAGAGGUUGUUGAGAUUUCUGAGGUAGUGAAUGAACUGGAGAUUGUUGAUGAAGUUGUUUCUGAAGUUGUUGAGGAGAUUCCUACGGAAAUUGUUAUAGAUGUUGAGGAAAUAGCAGCUGAAGUAUACUACUAUCAAUCACAACAGGAGGAGUUAGUUUAUACUAUGAAAUCAGUUAUGCCUCCUAAUGUGUUUGAUUCUUUUGCAGGUUAUUUCGAGGAACCAAGAACCGGAUAUUGUCCUAGAUUUGAGGAGAAGAAAGAAGCCGUCGAAGAAGUAAUUGAUGUGUCUAAAGAGAUGACCGGAGAAGUUCUGAAAGACAUUGCGGACAAAGCUCUAAUGGGAAAGCUUAAAGAGGUAGAUUCAGAACCCAAGGAGUCACAGUCUGUCGAUAAGGUGUCGGUUAACAGAGAGGAAUCUGGAGUUCAGGAGAUCAAAUCUGUCAAACAGUCUGUGUCUGAGUCAAAGCAUGUCGGUAAAACUGAUUGUGAUGAAAAGAUUGAUGAAAAAGUGUUGGAUGAUGAAAGUGAGAAAUCUGAAAAGGCUCAUUCUGAGAAGGCUGUCAGUGAUUUUGAAGACGAAGGAAAUUUCUUAGAUCGAUAUGUACCGAAAUCGGAAAAGACACAGAAGCUUAAAGAAGAAACGGUCAAUACUACUUUUGUCGAGUAUGAUAAAAGAGUGUGCUAUCGCUGCAAUGAGAUUGGACACAUGGCAAAACAGUGUCAAAAAGUGUUUAAGAAACAUGUUGUUGAAAAACCAGUUCAAAAACAAAUGGUUGAGAAACCAAAGGUUGAAAAACCAAAUGUUCAAAAACAAAUGGUUCAAAAAUCUCGACCUAAAUCACUAGUUGUUUCAAAAGGGAAAGCAGACUCGGAAGUCACAUCCACCGAAGAUGCUCAACUCUAUCAGGUUACCUCUUGA